AGGCUGACCCGGAAGGAGUAGUGCGGUCGUGAACCCAGCUUCCCCAGAAACCGGGCGGUUUGCGCUGCGAGGAGCCGGCAGCCCUCAGCGUGGCCGUGAUGCCGCUGCAGGUCUGCGGUUACAGCUGGCAGCAGACGCCGACUGCGGUCUUCCUCUCUCUGCCCCUGCGUGGCGUCUGCGCCAGAGACGCGGACGUGUUCUGCACGGAGAAUUACCUGAAGGUCAACUUUCCCCCGUUUCUAUUUGAGGCAUUUCUCUAUGCUCCCAUAGAUGAUGGGAGCAGCAAAGCAAAAAUUGGAAAUGAUGCUAUUGUCUUCACUUUGCAUAAGAAAGAAGCGGUCAUGUGGGAGAGCCUUUCUGUGUCUGGUGUUGACAAAGAGAUGAUGCAGAGAAUAAGAGAAAAAUCUAUUUUACAAGCACAAGAGAGAGCAAAAGAGGCUACAGAAGCGAAAGCUACAGCAAGGCGGGAAGAUCAAAAAUACACAUUAAACGUCAUGAUGAAGAUUGAAGAAGAAGAGAGGAAACAAAUAGAAGAUAUGAAGGAAAAUGAGCGGAGAAAAGCAACUAAAGAAUUGGAAGCUUGGAAGGAACAUCAGAGAAAAGCUGGAGGACAAGAGGGAGCGCAGGGAGAAGAGAAAGCGUGCUGCCGAGAAAAGCCAGCUGGAGAAAGAAGAAAAUCAGAGCAGAAGAGUCUUAGGGGAAGCUGGACGUGGAGGCCCCGGGCCGCAGCAGGCAGAAACUCAGAAAACAUAUUUUCUGAGAAGCUGGAGGAAGCCCACGUCCCCGCACCGCGCGAGGCCGGCAGCAUCGAGGUCAGCUUCACGCCACGUGCCUUCCCCACCGCCCUUCGAGAGUCUCAGGCUGCCUGGGAGGAGGAGUGGCUGCACAAGCAGGCCCAGGCACAAAAAGUCCUGAAUGCCGACGACGUUCCUGAGUUUCGUGAUUUAAAAGAAGAGGAGAAGAGCCCCGAGUGGUUGAAGGAAAAAGGGAACAAAUUGUUUGCAACAGAAAACUACCUGGCCGCGGUUAAUGCGUACAGUUUAGCCAUACGGCUAAAUAACAAGCUGCCGCUGCUGUAUCUGAAUCGGGCUGCUUGCCACCUAAAACUGAGAAACUUGCACAAGGCCAUUGAGGAUUCUUCAAAGGCUUUGGCGUUGCUGACCCCGCCUGUCGCAGACAACGCCCAUGCAAGGAUGAAAGGGCAUGUCCGACGUGGAGCAGCAUUCUGCCAACUGGAACUGUUUGCGGAGGGGCAGGAACUGCGGCGUUGGGGCGGUGUCCCCAUGGCAGCUGCUGCUGGUCCUGUACAUGAUCAUCUGGGGCUGCGAGGCGGAGGUGGCCGUGCACAGUGUCUUCGGGUCCAGCAUGCAGGAGAACACAGGGUUGCCGGGGUUCACGCAUGGAGGCCGCAGUGCAGGAUUCAUUUCUGCUUCCGAAUCUGUGCCUGAAGUCCUCUUGUCCUAGGAGGCAAACACGGGAAGCCUUGCAAUUACAAAACAAUGAAACUUUCCUUUCCGCCUCACUCCAUUUGGGGGCUUUUGUUGGAAAGCACUGAAGAAUAUACCUGUAAAUGACACUCAUCUGUACAGAGCAAACUUGUCAAAUGUGUACAUAAAGCAGUUUUUAAAAAAUCUUAUACCAGGGCCGGGGAUUUAGCUCAGUGGUUCCGCUGCCUGCCUCACAAGCACCAGGACCCAAGUUCAAUCCCCGGUACCAAAAAAAAAAAAUCUUACACUGAACUGGCCAUGGUGGUGCAGCCUGUAAUCCCAGCACUCUGGGAGGCUGAGGCAGGAGGACUGCAAGUUCGAGUCCAGUCUAGGGUAGUUUAGCGAUGUACCAAGACUCUGUCUCAAAAAGGGCUGGAGUGCACCUCAGUGUGAAGGCCCUAGGUUCAGUUCCCAGUGCCAUGAAAUAAAAGUCAAAGCAAACCAAUGACUUUUACCCAUACCAUGAAAGUUUAUUAAAAAUUCGUAAAUCAUUGAGAAAAUCUGUAAUAAAUCAUAGUUGGAAGUGGAA